AUGGACUUUACACUCGCGCUCACCCAUUUUUGUGAGGCCCAUGGCCCCAAGUCGGUUCUAUGCACGCAAGUCCUCCCUUUGGACUGCGCGUUGUGUCUCCCGCCCUCGCCACCGUUGAGGGUCAGUUCAUCCUCCGAGUCUCUCACCACCCAAGUCCACGACUCGUCCUUUGAAUCAAACCAUAAUGUCCAGACGCCGUUUCCUCUACGCAAGACAGACACAAAUCUCACCUUACCCACCGACUUCUCCGGCGCAUCCACCACUGUAGAUUCGGAGACCGAACCAGAAAGCCCCACCAUCGAGAAACACCCUUUAUUCCAGACGGUUGAUCAAAAGCGAGAACUCCGUUCGCAGUGGCGCUAUGGCCGAUCACAAGGCGAUACUUGUGCCAGCUGCAGCUUUAGUGUCCCAAAGGCCAUAGCAGAAAAGCUGCCGGCGGGCGCGCCCGGCAGCAAGAAAGCAGCGGACGGUGAAAACAACAUCAAUCCCAGUGCCCCGGUACUGCGGUCUAGGGAAUUCGUCUGCCUCCGUGACAGGAGACGGAAUAGCAGCUAUCAUUCCGUCCAGGAUUCUAAGCCCUCGUCUUAUGGUUCUUCGGUGACAUCAUCCCAUUCACACGCCUCCUCUCAUACAAACUCACCGACACACUCCCAUUCUGACAACUGCCACGACCACACACUUACUUAUCUGACCGCCAAAUCUCCUGACGAUCCAGAAAGCUACGCGCGACUCCGAGCCUCAGUGAUUCGGACACUGUCCUGUGAAUUACUCCCGCGAGGCAUGUCGGACGGUCCUUUCUGUUUCGGCGACUCCAACACAGGCUAUACGAUCGCCUAUGUCUUCCGUCUCACUGAUCCGAAAGCACGCGGUCGACGCCGCGCAUAUGCCUUUCUUGCUCUUGCAGGGAAAGACGCCAGCCGCGCGUUCCAAGCCUGCCCAAUGCUCUGGGAAGCCUUCGCUAACAUGGCCAAGGGUAUUGAAUCGGCGGCUCAGCGAAAUCAAGAAAGACAACGACGAAAAGAAGAAAAAGAAGCGGAAUCCACCGAUGCGUCGAAGUCUGGUGCCAGGAAUUACACGCCCGUUUCGUCGUUCCUUACCGCCCGCAAUGUGGAUCCGGAUGGACAUCCACGACGCGUGGGACAUGCUGCCCCGCGAAGUCUUGCGGAAAUUGUGGGCGAUGAGAAUAUAUUCACCUUCUUACAUCAAUACUUCGUUGCCAUCUUGCGAUGUCUAGGCGAUCAAUUUGGAGGACUGCCUCUGGCGGGGAAGCCGUCCGUCUAUCAAUCUGUUAGCGAAGAGUCACCGCGAUUCUCCAAAACAUCCGUUAUCCGGGGCCAGGGGCAUGUAUCGGAUCCUAGCCACUUCGAGAGUUUGCGCGAUGAUGAUACUACGCCGAAACCGCAGAUGUACGCAAAACAGCAAAGCCAGACGUGGCCGCACACGACAGCCUCCCCUAUUACACAGUCUGUGUCAGUCCCGAUGGAGAAAGAUGAACUGGAAAUUGCGAAGACGCGUGCGAAUAAAGCGUUCAAGUUGAAUCCGCAGUGUGCGCCAUUGACGGUCAAUGAGACCGCGCAGCGCCAGGUGGUCGUUUAG